AUGAGUGGGGAAAAUAUAAAAGUAGUUGUCAGAUGUCGUCCUUUAAAUUCAAGAGAAAUUGCUCGAGGGGCAAAAUGCCUCAUCAGAAUGGAGGGGAAUCAAACUAUUAUUACCAAACCUCAUGAUACUGAUGAUGUUAAAGCAUUUACUUUUUAUAAGUCUUACUGGUCUUUUGACAAAAGGGAUCCAACUUAUGCUACUCAAUCAAU